CCGCCAAUGAAGCGCUGCUAGUAUGAUAGCGAAAAUCAACGGCUAAUGCUUCCGCUUCCCUGGGACCUGGGAGAAAUCGAAGAAACUCUCCGCGCAAUGUUCGGGAAGAGGUCCGUCCAAGGUAAACUCUCGGAAGACUUGUCUCAGAUGAGCAUGGCCAAUCGAUGCCACAUAUAUUUCGGCACUAUCGCGAGUGUAUUCAUCGCAGAUUGACGCAGAAAAGGGGUUCACUAUCAUCGUUCCGAGGCUUCCAUGUGAAAACUCUCGUGCCCCAUUACAGCAUUGGUAUUAAUGGAACUCUUCAAGGGAAUAUUUACGCAACAGCUGAGAUGGAAUACGGACUACAGUUCCGAUCUGGUUAGUCUCGUCCGUCCCUGCGUUCCGUCUUACGCCUUCUAUUUGAGCGCACCCGAACGAGCGACAGGCGGCGCCUAUCACCCAAUAGGGGCCUGCAAUAGCUGACACACCCUUGUCGUCACAUCUGAACAAUCUUCUCCGGGCUUUCCCCCGUUAGUAACGGCAGCUUAACGAAUUGGGGCUAGACAAGCGGGAACUGACC